AGUUAGGAGCGGCUGAGAGGGCAGUUUGAUCAGCCCACACAGCUGUCACCGCAGCAGAGGUGUGAGCUUCUCUGCUCGGUGACUCACCAAACUCUGCACAAGGUUUCACAUUUUUCUAAUCUCAUGCUCAGAGUUUGGAGGCUGAUUAAGCUGCUUUACCUAACUCCUUCCUGCCUGGUUUUUGAAGCCUCUCCUGGCAAAGAGCUGAAGGUCCGUCUGAAGACAGCUGAAGAUCGGAGAGUCCUCGGGAGGUGAUUGGGUGCAGCGAUGACGGAGGAGUGACAGAGGCGCUCAGACACCGGAUCAGCUCAUCAGAGAGGACAGACGGGGGUGAAGGCGAAGGAGAAAGAAGGUCUCAGACAUGACAGAUGUUUGGUUACAGUAGUCGCCUCAUGAGGAGCAGAGACCAGCUGCAGGCCCCGAAACGUCUCCGAUCCUCUCCCCACCAUCCAACCGUCGCCCCCAUCGCCGUUUAUUAUCAGGUGUAGAUAAACUAUGGACGUCUCCUGGUUCCUCCUCCUCGUGUCGGCUGCCAUCUUCAUCUCCAUCGUCCUCCUGGUCGUCAUCUGUUUGGACUGCAGGAACAAAGGUCCACUGCGUUCCAUCCAACAAACAGACUCAGAGGAGUACAUGCAACCAGGAUUCAGAGUCAUCCAUCCAUCCUCUCACUCCCUGUCUUCUGAUUGGCCGGCUUCCAGAGGCCUACCGAGUGUCAGCAUCAGUGCUGCCCAGCCGACCCUACCCCCGAACCCCGUCAUCGUCACGCUCUCUCCCGAUCCCCACCUGCGCUCUCCCCUAUCAAAUUCAACCAAACCUCAGCACAGACCGUACACCCCAACAGAAACAGAGAGCAAUCCGAGUUAUGAGAAUCCAGCGCCUGACAUUGAAGUUGAUGAUGAACGUGACGAUCCAGGUUACAUAGAAGUCUUACCUGACGACGAAAGUCCGAAGGAGCCCAAAGGAAUUCCUGCGGAGAUUCAGAGCCGAGCCUCGACACCCAGUUCAGAUCACAAUUAUGAGAAUGUUGAAGCAAAGAAAUCCAACGCAGAUGAAGACGACGACGACGACGAUGAAGAAGAAGAAUCAUCGAACUAUGAGAACGUGCAGCCGCACCAUCGUUCUGGUAGCUUCACCCAUCCUGUGCCUUCCUUUCAAAGAUCCACUCAAAGCAGCGACGAGGAGUAUGAGGACAACUACGUGAACCAAUCUAUGGGACUAGUGAACAACCUCUGACCGCGGCGAGCGUGCGCCCUCCUCCACCUUCGUGUCGCAGUGAUUUUUAUUUAAAGAGCUGAACGACUGAGAAAAGAAACUGAGAUGAAGAGCGGCUCUGUGUGGACACCUGAAACACCUUCCCCCCUCACUUCCUGAAAGCUCAGCUGAGUCCGUCUGAGACUUAAAACUGCAUGUUUAAAACUGAUUUCCACUGUGGCCAUUAGCCACCUGGAAACCAGGUAAAUCUGAGCUGUUCUCUGCAAGAAGCCCGCCCCCUUCUGACCAAACAGGAAGUCAAGCUUUACUUUGUAGUUGUGCAAAUGCAGUCGCUGCAGUCACACCAGGCAGGACUGAAUUACUGCAGCCACAAACAACCAUUCCCACUCAGGGGUCCUGCAGCUUUCUGCAGACCACAACAAAUAAAACCAGCCAUAAUUAGAUGCAUCCGUCCUGCACACAGUGUAUUUCUGAGAAUCAUGAAGGUGGGGAACACUAAAUUAAAAUCUUUUGGUGUCGGCAGCUCGGUGACAGCUCAGUUUCUCUCCAUGCGCCUCUCCUCAGUCAGAACGCAUCUUUAAUGUUUUAAUUCUUUUUUUUUUUAUCAUUUUAAUCAUUACAUGUUCUUUUCUUCAUUGGUUAACAGGCUCUCGUGUUAGGAGGGGUGGAGGCCGACAUGUUUGAGCUUUACUUUGAUUUUACUGACAACUCCUGAGAAUGUCUUCAUUAUUUUACUGUAUUUAUGUGCCGUCUGCUGUAGUCUCAGUCUGGAAAAAUCUGUGUGAAGAAGAAAUGUUUUUAAAGAACUA